AUGGAUAGUGCAGCUGUCUGGGGGGACGAGGGGGAAGACGUGGCGACGGCCGAGUUGGCCGGUCUCACUGCAGCCGACCUGCGCAUGCGCACCUCGAUGAUCGACAGCGAAGUGCGAAUCCUCAAGAGCGAAGAGCGCAUCAAGGAUAACCAGGAGAAGAUUCGCCUCAACCGCCAACUGCCGUAUCUCGUCGCCAACGUUGUGGAGCUUUUCGACAGCGAAGAAGCAGACGAAGAAGAAGAAGACGGCGCCGUAGGGGACAUCGACGCCCAGAGAAAAGGAAAAUGCGUCGUCAUCAAAACAUCCACUCGACAGACGAUUUUCCUUCCCGUGAUCGGCCUCGUGGACCACACGCUGCUUAAGCCGGGCGACCUGGUGGGUGUGAACAAGGACAGUUACUUGGUCCUCGACAAGCUGCCGGCGGAGUACGACAGUCGCGUGAAAGCCAUGGAGGUCGACGAGAGACCGCAAGAAGAGUACAACGACGUCGGCGGCCUGGACAAACAAAUCCAGGAACUCAUCGAGGCAAUUGUGCUACCGAUGACGCACAAGGAGCGAUUUGAGAAGAUCGGCAUUCGGCCUCCAAAGGGUGUUCUCAUGUAUGGCCCCCCGGGAACGGGGAAGACACUCCUCGCUCGUGCAUGCGCUGCACAGACAAAGGCCACGUUCCUGAAGUUGGCGGGCCCCCAGCUGGUACAGAUGUUCAUCGGCGACGGCGCAAAGAUGGUUCGCGACGCAUUCGAACUCGCCAAAGAAAAGGCCCCCGCAAUCAUCUUCAUCGAUGAGCUGGAUGCGAUUGGAACCAAACGGUUCGACAGCGAAUUGUCAGGCGACCGCGAAGUGCAGCGCACGAUGCUGGAGCUUCUCAACCAGCUAGACGGUUUCAGCAGCGACGACCGCAUCAAAGUGAUUGCGGCGACAAACAGACCUGACGUGCUGGACCCAGCGCUUCUCCGCUCAGGGCGCCUCGACAGGAAAAUCGAAUUGCCACAUCCCAACGAAGAAGCGAGAGAACGAAUCCUGCAAAUCCACGCCAGGAAAAUGAACGUCAACAAACAAGAUGUGAAUUUCCGAGAGCUGGCGAGGUCGACAGACGAUUUUAACGGUGCCCAGUUGAAGGCAGUUUGCGUGGAAGCAGGGAUGGUGGCGCUGCGCCGCGGCGCCACGGAGCUGUGCCACGAAGACUUCGUGGAGGGCGUUGCGCAGGUCCAGGCGAAGAAGAAGUCUUCUCUCAACUAUUUCACGUAA